AUGUCCGGCAUCCAGGAAGAGAGCGUUUUUGGUUUUGAUGGCCUUUCUAUGGCAGAAACCCACCAUAUCGAGGCGGUCAAGGAAUUGAUCAAGGGCUUUCUCGAGAACGUCGAGUUUGAUCGCAGCCGUUCACCUCCUAAAAGCCCCCCGCUUGAAUUCGUCGUGUGGGUGUAUUUCAGGAAUUUGAACUUGGGCGAAGAGAUUGAACGCGCGGUGCACAAAGUAAUCUUGCUUUCCGUGACCCUGACAAACCAUUCCUAUGCAUCACUUCCAUUUGAAAACAAAGUGCUGUGUGCAAUUCAGUUUGUAUUUAUGUUUCUCGUGGAUGAUAUUGCCCCGGUCUUCAUGGAGGAAUUGCGCUUUUUCUGCCAGAAUUUUGUUCUGAAUAAAGGCCAUCAGCACCCCCUUCUCCAUCAUUUUGACCGGCACCUCCGGUAUCUAUCCCGCUUUUACGGCCCUUAUUGCCAUUCAACAAUCGUCAAAUCUCUUUUCGAUUACGUCAAUGGACGUAUUAUUGAGAAUGAAAUGGAGCAGUCGAAUUUUCGAUUCUCCCCUACUACCCGCUUAAUGCCUAUGUUUCUACGCACUAAGGUAGGGGCUGCUGAAAUCUUGACAGCCUUACUAUGGCCGCAGGCAAUCUUUCCUGAAGAGAUCUAUCUAAUGCAGUACUUUCCUGCCCUGAAGGAACUAGUGCUGUUUACGGAUUUUACAAAUGAUAUACUAUCUUACUACAAGGAGUUCAUUAUUAAUGAAGAAAAGGGGAACUUCGUGGCAAAUUUGGCAGAAGCACAUGAAGUGUCCCAUCUGCAGAUUCUGAAACAUCUAUCGAACUACACGCCACAGGUUCUUCACUCGGUCUACAAAAUGUUCUCGAAUAACCAUAUGCUCUUGGAGCCUGUACAGGAUUUUGUGAAUGGCUGGAUUGCGCUUUGCACCGCACAACCGAGGUAUCACUUGGUGGAACUGUUUGCCGACGAGAAUUAUUUGCCUCCUUAUGAUGAUGAUUCUUGA